AUGCCCGGUCCAACUACGCCCUCAAGGGCCAUUGUCUCUAGCGGUCAAGGAACGCCUGGUUCCUGGAAACACCCCAAACUCGACGAAGUCUUGCGACGACAGGAUGCCAGGUCCUUUUCUGAUCGGCGGGUUUCACGGGCCCUCAAGAACAUCGGCGCUUUGGGAACUACCUUUGUCGUUACCCAUUUUUUCUAUAAUUCACGCAUCUACUCUAGUCUACCUAGAAAUGAUGUCGCCAAUAUCUUCUACCUCGGGAUUUACUACCUAAUCUUCAUCGUUCGAAUAAUUCUCACCUACAACACCGUCUUCGCCAUCAUCGGCCCGCUUCUCGGCCCAGACCUAAUGGCUGACAUCCCUCUAACAGAUGAUCAACGUUCAACUCUCUCCCUCCCUCCAACCCCACAUUCCACAAUUACCAACCAUGCUGGCGAAGUCUCCCAAUACAUUACCCCACCCCGUUACAACAGAUCAUCUCCUCUUCCUCAAUCCCCGCUGUUAGCUCGUCCCACAACACCCACACAGUCCACUACCACUCCAGGCCGUACCUUCGCCAACGUCUCCGGUAUAUCUAAUAUCUCUGGAUUCUCUAGUGUUUCUGGUGUCUCUAGUAUCGGUUAUUCUGGCAAACCUCGUGUUACUGCCGCAGGUUCACCAAUUGGUCCUGGACAACUUUUGGGUUCACCUGGAAGUCUCAGAUCUCCUAGUCCAGUUUUUAACACUCCCUCCCCGUUCAAGACUAUCGGUUCUGGUCUGGAAAAAAGACAUAGUUUCAGCAGUCCUAUGGGCGCAGGCGCUAGAAACGGUAUGAUUGGACAAGGCAGUUUAGCGGGUGCAUUGCAGGGGAACAUGUCGCCUAGCGUGGUUGCCAGCGGGAAGUGGUUACACGAGCAGAAGAAUCGAAGGCGCGAUAUCUUUUAA